CUUUUUGUUUGUAAAAGAUGGAAUAUCUUCUUCAAAAAUAGGGGAAUUGUAGUUCUUUGGUGAAGAUUACAGAGGUAUGUUAAGUAUUUAGUUAAAUAUUGAGUAUAUUUUAAGCAUAUUUUAAGUAUUUAUUGAAAUUUGUGUAGUGUUUGAAUCACUGGUUUGUAUGUGUAGUGCUUCCAUGUGGCUUAAUCAGUUUAUUUAUCUCGGUCAUGGAGUUUGAACAACUGAUGAUGAACAUCAUGAACACUGAUCGGAGGUAGAUCAAGCUGUUACAGAUGGCGCCACUAUGGUGUUCCCCGCACAGUAAUUUGAACUGAAUUUCUGUCCGCGCAUUUUCAAGAAAAUCUUACAAAAUCUGCAUAUUUUUGAUGAACUAAAAUGAUUCAUUUUGUCUCUUACGUGUUGUUGAGCCUUGCAAAAAUUAAAGAUGUAGAGAAACCUCUGAAAAUGCCAUUUCAGAUGAUUUAGAGACUCCAAAUUUUGGAAAUUUUCCACUUGACGCUAACCGUAGUGACACAUUGUGGAAGUUAUGCAACCAUUCUCAAAUGUUCUGUCUUCAUUUCUGCGCAACUGCCAUUCAGGACGGAACAGUUCCCUGUGCAAAAAUAAUACUUUCCAUUCUGGACUAUGGCAGUUGUUAACCUAAUCUUCACUUUGGAACGGCCCUGCUAGCAAAGGACGUUAACAAUAACACCAGAAAGGUGCGUAUUGAAGAAACUGUUUUUAAUCUUUUACAGGGAGUCAAAGUAAAUGAUGUCCAACGAAGAAGAUGCCUCGAUAGUUGAAAGUGGAGGAGAUGCACUUCCUUCUGCAGCAGAUGACAAUAGUGGUAUGCCUGAUGAAACUCAUUCAACAAACAACAAUGAUAGCAUGGCAACUGAACAAGAUGAUACACAGACAGCAGAGGUUUCAUCUAAUGAUGAUCAAAAUAUGGAAGGCAAAGAACCCUUAGCACCUGUGGAGAAUGACAACAAUACUGCUACGGAUCAAAGUGAGAAAUCAAACGAGGCUGGCGAGGUUGACGAUGAAGAAACUGAUGGGGAAGGUUUGAUACAUUUUUUCACUCAUGGUCUAAAUUUGUGAAUUUCACUUUCAUUGCUUGCAAUGUGGCUUUGGGUGGUGCAGUCAUAGCAAGCGUCAUAACAAUAUAUCUUGCAAAACACUGCUGAAGAUGAAUCAUAGCAAGCACCUUUACCUCUGAGUUUAUGAGUUUGAUUCUCACUAUGUGAAAAGAGUCAGUCAAUGCUCUGCCGCAUGAAAGUCAUGGGUUUUCUCUGGGCGCUCCGAUUUCCUCUCACAGGGAAAGUUUACUGGGUGGGUUAGGAUAAACACAGUUAUGAUGUAAAAUCAUAUCCACAUAUUAAAUUUGCACUCAGGCUUUUAGCCAGGAUCCUAAAAGAGGGCGUCCAAUUUUGCCGAGAAAACGUUCCUCUGAAGUUUAUGUUACUUCAUAUCAGUAUCUGUUCCAAGCUUGUUCGAAAUUUUUCAAACACACUUGGCUUUGUGAGUACUGAGUUUGUGCUGCUAUGCUUCUUACUUAACUAUGACAUUUUCAUUCAGCCAGGUACACCAUCAAAUUGAUCAGACAGAGUGUCAAAUGUAUAAUAAUAAUGAGAAUUGAAGCUAUUUUGUUUCAGAUAUAUUAAUAUACUUAGGGAAAUCAUUGAAAAUAAUUUCCCUUUUUCCUCAGAAUUUGGGCGUCCAAAGGCGUACAUUUUUUGUUCUAUGGGCGUCCCUGGACGCCCUUCUGGCUAAAAGCCUGUUUGCACUAAAGAAAUAUUAAUCAUAACUGUUGCUUGUUUCAUGAAAACAUGUGAUGCCAAAAAUAUUAUCUGUUGCCCACAGAACUUUAUUGCCGACAUUUUUGUGUUGCAUUUAGUGCUUAUAUAAUUCUGAACAUAUUUUUUGUUAGGCCUUAGAUAUUUACCAUUAUUAAUUGUUAUUCUUCCAGAAGUAAAAACCUACUCUGGCUAUCUCCCCAUUUCACAAAUCUCAUGGGAUUGGGAACCUCCCGCCUCUGUUGAUACUCAGAAGAAAGCUUCUCCUCCCAAAUCUGAGCCUCCCCCCAACACAAGCCAAGAUCAAGAUAGUGCUGAUAAUGCUGAUAGAGAUUUUGAUCGCAAACCGGUCGACGGAUUGGUCUACACCGAUGCUGGCGAAAAGGCGAAGCCAACGCCUUACAUAUGGGAGAUAAAAGCAAGAAAAUUUGAGAAGAAGCCCAAAAAUAAGUUAUUUGUUGGUGGUUUGACUUUUGAAGCCACAGAGGAUUUUCUUUAUGAUCAUUUUGAGAAAUAUGGAGAAGUAGAUGAUGGUUAGUGUACGAUUUGAAUUUAUUUAACCCACUGAUGUUAGACAGAGUAAAGUAACAAUGGAAGUAGGAUGAAUCUACCUUUUCUUGCUUUAGUUUUUGGAUAUUUCCUGGAAUUGUUUGACAUUCAAAACAGACAAUUCGUUGAAUUGAUUUUGCAUGUUCAUAUCUGACAAAGUUGUUUGAAAAUCAUUAAAGUUGUGUUUUGAAAAAUUCAACGUCAGGUUCUACUGAUUUCUAACGCCUUUUCUUCAGUAUUUAGUUCUUGAAUUUGCUGAUACAUGGCCUUGAAUGUCCUUGAAAAGUCCUUGAAUUUGACUCUUUCUCACAUGUACGAAUCCUGGAUUAACUCAUUGAGCCCUAGCACUCUUCCCUGGACAAGUAAAAUUGUCUGAUGUUAGAUGGAGUAAAAAGUAGAGUGCAUCUUGGUGCAAUGCAACUUAAUGGGUUAAAUAUAAACCUGUCCUGUAUUUGUUUGUGCGGACAUGAGACAAUGAUACAUGAUCAUCAUCAAUCAUCUCACAUCUAUGAUCUAUAAUACAGUACUUUCAUUGUCUUAUUUUAUUUUUUAGCAUGUAUUGUCACAGAGAAAGGUACUGGCAAGUCUCGUGGCUUCGGCUAUGUUACAUUUAUCAAUCAAAAUGAUGCGGAAGAAGCUAUCAAAGCCAUCGAUGGUCUGGUAAGUUUAAUUUAAUUUAAUUUUUAAUUUAACAACUUUAUUGGUGCCAUAAAUUACAUUAAAAUAAUUAGUACAAAUAUCAACUGGCCCAAAAGGGAAGGUGCAAGGCACCUCCCUUCUCUAAUAAGUAGUUACAGAUAUUUAUGACUAUAUAAUUAUUAUAAAAUUGUGAAAAGAAUGAAAGUAGCAAAACAGUCAAACAGGAGCGAAUGAUGAUUUGGAGAUUGAGCUAGUCAACUCUCUUGGAGUGAUUUUUUAAGUGAUUUAUCAUUAAGUUACAAUGUACUUGCACAUAAUUUUUUGAGAAUUGUAACUGCAGCGUCCUAAGUACUUUUGUUGUUUUUUUCUCCUUUAGAGGAUCAAUGGUAAAACUCUUUGUGUAGAGUUUGCAGAUGACCCAAAGGCUUCCCCCAGAGGACCUCUAAGUCGUGGCUUUCGUGGUGGAGGACGCUCACCACGAGGGCGAGGCUAUCACUUGGGUCGGGGCCGGCACUAUGACAUGGACCGCCACUCUGACCGAGACCCUUACUAUGACCAGGGACCCGACCCUUACUACAAACGUGGGAGAGAUGAUCCAUAUUACGACCGCCCCCCUCAUCGUGAUUAUGAUCGUCCCCCUCCUAGAGAUUAUGACAGACCUCCUCCACGGGAUUACGACCUCCCCCCUCCCCGAGAUUAUUACGACCGAGCUCCUCCCCGAGAUACUACCUAUGAUCGUCCCCCUCCUAGAGACACUGGCUAUGGCCGACCCCCUCCUAGAGACACUGCCUAUGGCAGGCCCCCUGUCCGUGACUUUGACCGUCCCCCUCCACCCAGAGAUUAUUAUGACCGUCCACGUGCUAGAGACCCUGUGUAUGAUCGCCCUCCUCCCCACGACUAUGAUGACUACAGAAGGCUCCCAGCUUCAUAUGAUGACCGCUACCCUCCCCCUGCUGCACCAAAACGCGCUUCAAUGACAGAUCUGGAUGUUGCUCGAUUACGGUAAGUGAUCUAACAGUUCUAAACUGUUCUCCCUAGAAGUCCAGUAAGAAUCAUCUCUUAUUGAUCCAGUGUUACUACAGGAGGAAACCUAAACUAAACUAACUUUAUUUAUACUCGUGACAGCUCUAUCAGUUCUGAACUGUUCUUCCUAGAAGUCCAGUAAGAAUCAUCUCUUAUUGAUCCAGUGUUAGAUCAUCUCUUAUUGAUCCAGUGUUACUACAGGAGGAAACCUAAACCAAACUAACUUUAUUUAUACUGGAUAGCUCUAUCAGUUCUAAACUGUUCUUCCUAGAGGUCCAGUAAGGAUCAUCUCUUAUUGAUCCAGUGUUACUACAGGAGGAAACCUAAACUAAACUAACUUUAUUUAUACUGGAUAUCUUUAUCAGUUCUAAACUGUUCUUCCUAGAGGUCCAGUAAGGAUUAUCUCUUAUUGAUCCAGUGUUACUACAGGAGGAAACCUAAACUAAACUAACUUUAUUUAUACUGGAUAGCUCUAUCAGUUAUAAACUGUUCUUCCUAGAGGUCCAGUAAGAAUCAUCUCUUAUUGAUCCAGUGUUACUACAGGAGGAAACCUAAACUAACUUUAUUUAUACCGGAUAGCUCUAUCAGUUCUAAACUGUUCUUCCUAGAGGUUCAGUAAGAAUCAUCUCUUAUUGAUCCAGUGUUACUACAGGAGGAAACCUAAACUAAACUAACUUUAUUUAUACUGGAUAGCUCUAUCAGUUCUAAACUGUUCUUCCUAGAGGUCCAGUAAGGAUCAUCUCUUAUUGAUCCAGUGUUACUACAGGAGGAAACCUAAACUAAACUAACUUUAUUUAUACUGGAUAGCUCUAUCAGUUCUAAACUGUUCUUCCUAGAGAUUCAGUAAGAAUCAUCUCUUAUUGAUCCAGUGUUACUACAGGCGGAAACCUAAACUAACUUUAUUUAUACCGGAUAGCUCUAUCAGUUCUAAACUGUUCUUCCUAGAGGUUCAGUAAGAAUCAUCUCUUAUUGAUCCAGUGUUACUACAGGAGGAAACCUAAACUAACUUUAUUUAUACUGGAUAGCUCUAUCAGUUCUAAACUGUUCUUCCUAGAAGUUCAGUAAGGAUCAUCUCUUAUUGCUCCAGUGUUACUACAGGAGGAAACCUAAACUAAACUAACUUUAUUUAUACUGGAUAGCUCUAUCAGUUCUAAACUGUUCUUCCUAGAGGUUCAGUAAGGGUCAUGUCAUGCAUUAUUUUUUUCUGCAUUCUCAGUGUGGAUAGGGAAAAGGUGCGUCGAGACAGGAUCACUAGUGUGGAGCAACAGAGAUUACUGACGAGACAAGGAAAGAAACGAACGUCCUCCAGCAGUUCAGAUAGUUCUGAUUCUGAGGAUCAGAAACCAAAGGCGAGAAAGAGACAUAGAGUUAUCCCUAAAGCUUACAUGAUGUAAACUUCUUAUGAGGUAUGUACCACGUAGUUCUACAGAAUAAAGACCCAUAGGGCGCUUCCAUUAACACGGCCAUACCGGUCAGAACGGUCAAAUAGAAUUUACCGAUUAUUCUCUUUUACCCAAUGGCCUCGUUUUCAUGUCAAAUACUUACUCAUGUUUUGUGCUUAGUAGGGUUGAAAAUUACUUUGUUAUUGAGCCUAAGAACAGCAAGAAACAAAUUCGUCCAGGAAAACAUGGGCAUAUAAUCUUUAUCUGCCCCUGACAUACUUUAACAUGGAAACGAGGCCAUUGGGUAAAAGAGAAUAAUCGGUGAGGUAUAUUGUUGAAUGAAACACAAAACGUUUGGGCUUUGGAUCUGACUGGAACAUUUUGAUAACAUUAGAAUGAGGUCCAUUUUCGCUAGAUAUUUGAGAAACAUAGACCAGAUCUUUCCAUUGAUACAGAGACAACUAGAGGGCACUCAGAGACUGCAUACCUCCGCCCCCAUUGAAUUUCGGUCGCGUGAAAUGCAACUAAGACAAUAGAUAAUGAAGACUGAAGCUUAAUGAGGUUUAUCAUCUCAUUAUUGUCUUAGUACUGCGUGCAUACAUUAUACGUGUCCUAAUUACACAUUCAGUUAAUUGACCGGGAAAAGCAAGACAAAAUUUUGUUCAUUUCUCGUUCAAUUUUUAACCAAAUUCAACCAAAUUUUAAUCAGUUCUUCCUUAGCCGAUGGGAAAUGCAUUCAAAAAAUUUCGUAUGAAUAUGUUUGGUAUUUCUUGAGUUAUCGUGCUCACAGACAAACACACACACAUACACACACACACACACACACACAUACAUACAAACCCAGAACAUACACACACACACAUACACACACACACACACACAUACAUACAAACCCGGAACAUACACACACACACAUACAAACUCAGAUGAUUACACAACCUCCUGGCGGAGGUAAAAAUUCGGGUCUGACCGGUCAGGCCAUUAAAUGGAAAGCGCCCUUACUCUCUAUUCUGUGACCACAGGUUCAAUUCCUGCCAGAAGGUUUAUAGUUGCAUUUUUCGCAACAGCUCCUGGUUAUGUCUGACAAAUGUAUAAAAUUCACACUCGCAAUGUCGUUUCAACUGUAGAAAGGUUUGAUUUCUAAUGUUCCCUGCUUGCUUUCCUAUUAUCGACAGGACUUUGGCGAGCUUCGUUAUAAAUUGACGUAAUCAUGGCAUUCCCAAUAUGGCGACUGAAGUUGACAAAAGUGAACACGACGAAUAUAUGGCGUCUGGCGGUAAACAGCCGGAUAAACUGGUAACCAUUAAAUGAUGGCUAAACUUUUAGACGAAAAUGGCGAUUUUUAUUUUGUCUUUGUUAUGUAUACUAGUAAAAACAUCUCACACAUUCAUUGAUUCUUGUUAGUAUUAACAAUAGCUAGAAAAGUUGUUCACUUUGAG